AAAUAACCCUGGGCGUGGUGGACCAGGUCAUCUCGUGGCAGAUUCUUGGCUUAUACAACUAGUUAUACAACUAGUUAGUAUACCUUAGGCAAGUAGCCUAUCGAGAGUUAGACCGUUUUCAAGUAGGAAGAGAAAUUCAAUCUUCCCCGAUACGGAGUGAAUUCGCUUAGUUAAAGGAGGGACGGUGACACUUCCAGCUUCGUUGCGAUAUCAAAAUCCAUAGGUUAGCAGGAAGUGCACUGUCGGUUGAGUAACGUCGACCAUGCAUCUUCCCGGGCACUCAGCUAGGGAGGAUGAAGAGGCCCUUCUCCCUCCAAUACCGUUAGAGGAAUCGGAUCGCACGAGGUGGUCAUCUUGGUCAUCUGGAUGGAGAAAGAGUCUUCGCCCGAUUUCGUUUCGGGUAGCCGUUUGGCAAUGCCUCGCCUUUGCGAGACCAAGUUUUCUAGCAAAGAGAUCGUCGUCGGUCGAAGAAUUAGAGAAGUCAAACGCGGCGUCGAGAAAGCCGCACUCGACGGAAUAUCUCGAUGGCGUUCGCGGCGUCGCUUCUCUGAUCGUUUUCAUUCUUCACUGGACUCACGUUCCAUACCCGUCUAUUAACUCGGGAUGGGGAUACAAAGAUAAUACGUCGUUUUGGUUGUUGCCGUUCGUUCGGAUCAUCUACUCUGGCGCCGCUAUGGUAUCGGUAUUUUUCGUCGUCUCCGGUUUUGUGCUUUCCCACCGAUUCAUCCAGCGGAUGCACCGCCAAGAGUAUACGGAGCUGUUCUCCGGGCUGACCUCACUUACCUUCCGCCGAGCUAUUCGUCUAUUCCUCCCAGCCUUCGCGUCUAGCACGAUGGCCUUUAUCUGCGCCUAUCUCGGUAUAAUAGAUAUCCCUAAGAAGGUGGAUGGGAAACCGUUCGAGCAUGGCCUAAUGUCAUAUCUUGAAUAUCUCGACAUGGAGUCGAACCCGUGGGAGUGGACGCCGGACUUCUCUGGGUUCUAUAAUCCUCAACUAUGGUCUAUUGCUGUCGAGUUCCGGGGCUCGAUGGUUGUCUUUCUACUCAUCGUCGGGCUUGCAAAGACUCGGACUGUCGUUCGACUUAUUGUCCAAGGCCUGCUUAUGAUCCAUUGUUUCGGCCAUAAACGCUGGGAUCUCGCUCUGUUCAUCUCAGGCAUGUCUCUAGCAGAAUUUGAAGUACUGCUGAGGAAGCCUAAGAAUCCAUCGGCGAGAAAGUUAGUAAAUGGGCUCCUUAUACUGGCUAUGAUACUUGGUCUUUUCCUUUGCGGCUAUCCUCGAGACCACAACACCCAAACUCCCGGCUAUAUCUGGUCAAAAUAUGUUUGGCCUUUCGGUGCAUACCGCCGUCGCUUUUGGUUAGCAAUCGGUGCUAUGUUACUUGUCGGUCCAAUGGCUUUCCUACCGUCUGUCCAAUCUGUAUUCCUUACUCGACCAGCUCGAUAUCUUGGACGGAUAAGCUAUGCGCUCUACCUUGUUCACGGGCUGGGCAACCGAACAAUUGGUAAAUGGUUGCUUGACGCCUGCUGGACAUUUAUUGGAAAAGAAGGGCUCUGGCCUUACGCCAUAAGCUUUAUCGUUUCUACUUUGCUGUACUUCCCUGUCGUGAUAUGGGGCUCUGAUGUGUUUUGGAGAGGAGUUGAUGUGCCUUCGACGAAUUUUGCGAGAUGGUUGGAAAAGAAAUGCGCUGCGCCAACGGGUGCGGGUGCGAGGUAAGGAAAUUUGCAAAUGGAUGUACAUAAUUUCUUUAUGUUCGUUGUCUCCGAGGAAAUGUAGGUAUUGUAUAUAAGGAAUCGGGCGUAAAUAG